AGUCAAAGAAAAGAAGUAAGGUGUCAGUUGUCAACACCAGGAUUUUGUGUUGUAUUGUGACCACACACAAGGAUAACCUCCCACCGUUUAGGACGCCAAGAUAUUCCAUUAAGUGCAUAUAUCGGACCUAGAGAGCAGAGAACAACUUGGACGGACGUAGCGGUCACUGGUAAUUAGUAUCAUUUUGUUUCGUUGCUGGGCAAAAAAAAAUGUUCAUUCUUAAGCUUUAGUUUUUAUUGGACAAAACCUUAGCAAACGACUUACAGAGAUAGAUCGCGUGUUCUGUUUGUAAUGUUCAUGCCAACUCUUCUUUGAAUCUACCGGUAUAGUGUGUAACAGUCAGCAUUAACUCAUUUUGAGUUCGAAGAAUUUAAUUUCUAAAUUCGUUUCUUAUUGUGACUUGUAUACGUUUAACAUUUAAGAAUGAUACAUCAUCAUCCAGCGAUGGUCUACCCAGGUCUGCACAACCCUAUCAUGGGGCUACACGCUGCUCCCCGCGGGGGAACUUCGCCACCCCGAGGAGGGAAUUCGCCACCCCAUGGUGGACAUUCAUCGUUUCUUAUUGACGAUAUUCUCGGGAACACAAAGAGUGAGAGAAAAACUUCGCCACAGACCCCCACAUCAAUUCCCCCUUUACAGACUUCUCCCCUUUCGUCGGCAAGAGUUGCAUCGGCUUCACCGCCGUCUCCUUCACUCCCCACCAGCGGCGUAACCAGCGCCCAUCUUCAGAGCAUGCAUCCUCUCACGAGACCAACGCCUAUCAACCCAACAGUUCUCUCUGACGGAGCUGCCUUGACGGUGGCGUCGGCACUCCCCAGCGGCGCCCUGUAUAAACCUAUCGCCAUGUACGAUACAGUAAUGCUGCCCCACGCCUAUGCGAAUCCCCACUUCAGCUACCACAACGCCCUGGUCAGUCACCUGUACAACAAUCUACCAUACAACAGAUCUGAGCUGACCUACUUAGACAGACACAACAAUUACAUUAAAGCAGGUCCCAAACCAUGGCACAUCUGGAGUCCUUUCUUACAAAGGCCGUUACACAAAAGGAAAGGCGGCCAAGUGAGGUUCUCAAACGAUCAGACGGUGGAGCUGGAGAAAAAGUUUGAGGGCCACAAGUAUCUCAGCCCUCCGGAAAGGAAGAAGUUGGCCAAGUCCUUACAGUUAACGGAAAGACAGGUCAAAACGUGGUUUCAAAACAGAAGAGCGAAGUGGCGGAGAUUAAAACAGGAGUCUCCAUCAGUUGAGUCAUCUUCCCACAAUGACCAGGAGGAUAAAGUGUACUCUAGCUACUCUUCCAGGGGAAGCAGGGAACACAGCGGCGAUAACUUCUCGGACGACGCCGCUGAAGAGGAAGAGGAGGAGGACGAAGUUUUCGAUGACGUCUCGGACGAUGAAAUUGACGUAGUGGACGACACACAUCACCCUCUGUCCUGAUAGGACAACGGCGCCCCAGACCACUAAAACACUACCUUCGCCCCCACCAGCGGACAAGGCCCCCUUACACCACAUAUCUCUUGCAACUCCAGGCUGGAAUCUUCUUAGGAGACCAGCCUUUGUAAUCAGCUUUCAAUUCUGAGCCCCACGGCGAGCUGGCAAAUUGACUUGUUUGGCUUCAGUUCGCCACAGACCUUAUGUGUGGCAUUGCUCUGCAGAACCAAGUAGGGGCAAGGCCGUGCACUCCCGUGAGCUGUCACUUUAUACAAUGCACAAUGUAAAAUACAGUAUCUAUCUGAGACUCAUUAGGGGGGGGGUCACAAACUAUAACGAUUUCAGCGUUUUGGCAGAUGAUGCAAACACAAACCACUCAGAGCCACAAAAGUUUUGUUUGAUUAUACUAUACCUUGACUAAACAAGGUAGCUUUUGUUGACUCUAUAGAGCAUUCGCUGUCAACUAUAGAGGCCUCAAACGGACUCUAUAGAGCAUCCACUGUCAACUAUAGAGGCCUACAACGGACUAUAUAGAGCACACUUUCAACUAAAGAGGCCUACAACGGACUAUAUAGAAAAUCCACUAUCAACUAUAGAGGCCUACAACGAACUAUGAGGACUCUAUAGAGCACCCAUUGUCAACUAUAGAGGCCUACAACGGACCAUGUUGAGAGUAUCAACUGUCAACUAGGUCUAUAAUAUUGAGGCCUACAACGGACUAUGUUUACUAAGAGACUACAGCUAGAUCAAGAGUUGAUUUGGUCUCAAAACAUUUUCGACAGUUCUGAAAAAGAAAAAAUAAUGGAUUCGAACAACAAAAUAGUACUCCUAGAGUCCUGACUCCUCGCGUCACUCCAAAGACUUUGCGUGUUUGUUGUAUAUAUUCUUGUAAAUUAAAUAAUUGUUGCUUCCAUAUAGUUUCGUUGAUUUGAUUGCACAGUAAAAAAUAAUGCGUUGAAAUGUUUUCCUAAAUAUGAUUUCUUGUAUGAUUAUUAAUAAAACAUCAGAAAUUCUGAUAAAUAUUUUGAUAAAAAAAAAAGCCCAGUUCUCCCUCUCUUUUAUUCUCUCAAUAAUGUUUUUAUUUGGACCCAAAUGUUCCAAGGCUACAAUGUAAUACGAACAAUUUCUUCAUUGCUUUUUUAUUUUAGAAUUUCUUUGCAAGUCUACAUAUCAAAGCAUUAAUUAUUUCGUUCAUAUUCUGUUUUUGUGUAUUUUGGAAAAUAAACUUUCCGCUCAAAUGUUCAAUGCGAAGACAUGCUCAACUAACAAUUCUACUUUUUUUUUUUUUCCAAAUCCGUACUCAGUGAAAGGGCUUGCUUGUGUGUGGUUAUGGGGGGGGGGGAGGGGGUUACAGGUAUAUAGUUCGUCCAUCGUGGUUCGAUGAUGACCACUUUUGCCACCCAGGGGGGCUGAGGGCUUUGCACUGGGGUUACAGGUACAAGUUUGAGAAACACUGGCUUAAAACCUAUUUAUUUAAGUUCUAAGGACUUACUUCCAAGAAACUUUCUGUUCAAACAGAGAUAUUGCGACUUCCUCUAGUGUAGAAUCUCUUAGUGUAAUUUGGUCACACAAAACAAAACAAUUAACCUGAGCGACUUCCUGGCCCAUAACAUUCUAAGAAACAAUAACAACAACUUUGCUUCAUCUUAGAGAAGAAAGGGAAGUAAUUAUUCUCAUGCUGAAAUAGUCAUUACCAGCUGAAAGAACGUAACCAUAACGAAUCCAUUGUUUUGCUAUGAAAUUUGAAGAUUAUAACAUCCGCUUGCUUACACAUCUCCCUCUUACGUGGCGUUGAUAGAGAGUGAGCUCCUCUUGUUUUUAUUACAAAGCUCAUAUCAACUCUGUCUGUAUGGUAAAAAAGUUUGUACACGUUAUUUCUCCCACACCCAAUCUCGGAUUAAGUUGACAUUUUGUACUAUUAUCUCCUUUACAUGACAACACAAGAAUCAAUUUUUAAAAAAUAACUAAUUAGUUAAUUAGCUAUGAGUAAUUAAUUAUUUUGUUUGGUGUCUUGAACAAGUGAAAGAAAUCGUACUUGAAAGAUGUGGUGGCAUAAGUUGAAUUAGUCCCCUUGAGACAUGAAUGAACUUUUUUUAUGCAUUUAAAAAACGAUCAUGUAAACAUUCACCAAGAUACCCCACUUCUUCCCUCCCCUCUUUCCCAACUGGUCCCCAGAAAAGAUUAAAGCGCACUGAGAAAGUUAAAAGCUAAGCAGAAACAAAUGGAAACAAUAUUUCUAUCGCACAAAUUUAUAUGCUAGGUCAAUGAUACAUAUAAUAACAUGACUGAUCCAAACUAAUUGAUACAAUUACACUUAAUAUAAGCUUUGC